AUGUUCGGAGCUUUCAGACCGACCCCCAUUAGCAUGGGCGGUCUUCUUUGGAAGAUUCCAUGGAAGUUGUCGCCGACUAGGAAAGCCAAUGCCAGAACUCGCCUGAAGAGAGUCGACGCAGUGAUCGACGCAGUGAAGGCAAGCGGCGUAGAGUGUGAAGCUCUUACAAAAGCUCUUCAACUACCCAAGGAGCACGAAAUGUCUCCUAGAGACAAGUACACCGUUUUCACCCGGCAGCUAAGGAAGGGUUACCGCAAGGGCAUUCAUAAAGUGCCCAAAUGGACUCGGUUGACGCUGAGGACCAACCCGACUGGUUUCUGA